GACAAAUGUAAUCGUGCGCUACUAAAAUGUCUAAUCCUUGUAUAGUUAGGUGAAGUAGUGCAGACGGGGUUAUAUUAAGCAGCUUUAACCAAAGCAUAUCAAGUUUUCUUUUGUUGACUGGCAGAAACUUACUAUCUAUCUAGAUAAUGUAGACAGAAGAACCAUCUAAAGGAGCCAAGUUGUUUCGAGGGGAUUGGUAUAUUGACGACAACAUAUGAAGGUCUUCUCUGUAGCGUGCCCAAAGGUUUUUAAAAGGCAACGUUCUCUGCUGCGCUAUUUAAUCGUUACUUUCACAUUUACAAUGUGGUGGGCGAGUUAUUUCAUUUGCUAAUAAUAUUUUAAACUCGUGUCUUAGUGUCCGCUCGUGGUAAAAGUCAUUCUGCGUUUGUCGUUUCGUUUUAGAACGAUCGUUGCUUCCGUAUAAAUUGAUAAAUCGGCCAGCUAAAUAAACACCAGAAGGACAUUUUUUUUCAUGAAUAUUUUUGUUUGAGGAUACUAGCAAAAGCUGAACUCUUGGAAGUCGAUCAGUAAUUCAGUGACGAUCAUAUGGAUUCCUUUUUCAGAUAACAUUUGGAAACGCUUAUUACUUUAAAGUGCACAGGAGAUGGAGCCCCAGACUAAACGGAGGAAAGGCAUGGAUUAUGACACAAACUCUUGGGAUGUCCUCCCUGUUCUCUCAGAUGAAAAGUCCCAGGACACUAAACUGUUGGAUGCUUAUGCAGCCCCUAUCAUUCAGAAGAGAGAAACCUCACGUCUGGUCAAAGAAUUGGCUGUGAUCUACCCUUUAACAGAUCUGCAACAUAUAAAAAGGGUAAGGAAUUGCAAAGACAAAAACACUCCUCAUCCAUUGGAGGUCAUUGUAUGCUUGGCUAGUGAUGUUCCGGAGAUGGGAUGCAAACAGCCUACCCUUAGUGAUCUGCUAUGUUCGAAGAUCUUUGACUCCAGUGGCCUAGAUGAGCCUUUUCUAGUCAAAAUCCCAGCCAAUGCUCCACUGACCAGACCACAGUUUGAGAAAGCAAGUAAGCACUGGCCUACAUCUUUUCAUGAGGACAAACAAGUUACUUUUGCUUUGAGAGGAGAGUUGUUCACUUCCUCUCAGAAAGCUAAAAUGCAAGAAUAUAUGAUGAUGGCUAUACAGGCUGCAAGAGCAGGUCGAGAGAAAGGAAUGGAUGCUGUAGGUGCAGUGAUCGUCCAUCCCCAGUCCAGCCAAGUCAUUGCCUUAGCUCACGACUGCAGGCGAGGCAAUAAUUCACUUCAUCACGCUGUAAUGGUAUGCAUUGACCUUGUGGCCCAUUCACAAGGAGGAGGUGCCUACCAGUAUGAGAAGUACCCAGCCUGCAAAUACAGAGUCCCUGACCCAGUGCCUGCCACAUGUCAUGUUGAUAUGUCCAUGUUGGGAAAUCCCUGCAACACUGCCAUUGUGAAGGAAAACACUCAGCCAUACAUUUGCACGGGAUAUGACCUCUAUGUCACCCGGGAGCCGUGUAUGAUGUGUGCCAUGGCAUUAGUCCAUUCAAGGAUAAACAGGGCUUUCUAUGGAACAACAUCAGCAGAUGGUGCCUUAGGAACCAAGUAUAAAAUUCAUUGUCAAAAAAAUUUGAAUCACCACUUUGAAGUCUAUAAAGGAGUGAUGCUACAGGCCUGCACAGAGCUCCAGACCUUAAAGUAAAUUGAUACUUGUUUUUAGUCUUAAGUUUCCUAAGUUCAAGUUUACCAAGGUUAAGGUCAUAAUUAAAAGUUUUUUUUUAA